AUCAUAUUCACAUGCACAAUUUUCGGAAUUAAACAACUCAAUGUAUAAAAACAAGCAAAUAUUGAAAGUCCGAAGCAUGCUUGCUGGCUUCAAGGAGUGUAACGAACUUGCAAAGAAGUAGGGGAUCGGUAAGAGAGAGAGAUUACUUACAGGUACUCCGAUCGAACAGUUGGUGUACGCGCUCCAAUUCAAUUCAAUCCCGGCCGGCCGGAGGGAGAAUGAAGACGCCGAGGACGCUGCAGGUUAUCAUGACGGCGGCGGCGCUGCUGCUGCUAAUACACUACGACAAAAGAGGGGCGGCGGUGGAGGCGCUGAGAAUCGACGUGAGGUCGGGAUCGUCGAAGUGCAUCAGAGAGGAGAUGCAGGUGAAUACGAUGACCAUCGGAAAAUACUCCAUCAUCAACCCUAUCAUCGAUCUCCCCGUCCCCAAAUCCCACAAGAUCACCGUCCGGGUGACUUCACCGUUGGGGCAAUAUUAUCACUAUGCGGUAGAUACAGAUCACGGGAAUUUUGCAUUCACAGCAGCAGAGAAGGGUGAGUACAAGAUUUGCUUCUGGGCAGCUGAGCACAUUCCUCCUACCACCAUUUCCAUCGCCUUCGAAUGGAAGUCCGGUUAUGCCACCAUUGAUUGGUCCAAAAUCGCCAAGAAACGCCAAAUACAAGGAGUGGAAUUCGAGCUAAGAAAAAUGUUCGAUACAGUACUAACCAUUCACGAUGAGAUGUACUACCUUCGAGCAAGGGGAGAGGAAAUGCAGGCACUGACGAGAGCAACAAACACGAAGAUGGCGACAUUCAGUUUUCUCUCUCUCGUGGUCUGCAUGUCCGUCGCUGCUCUCCAGAUGUGGCAUCUCAAGAAAUUCUUUGAGCAAAAGAAGCUUGUUUGAUCUUUUUCUUUGCUUGCAUAUAUAUAGCACUUACAGUUGUAUGUAUUGGUAAAACUGGGACACUAUCCAAUUCUUCCACGUACUGUUACAAUUUUGGUUCGUUAGAACCUUAAAAUUUUGAUAUAAACGAUACAGAAAACGGAAUUGUACAAUUCUGAAGGUUAUAUGGCUGUACUUCUACAG